CCUUUUCCGAUCUCUAUGCUGCUGCCUAGUCUCCGCCCACAGAGAGGCGGGACAGCGAACUCGGGCCGAGGAACUGCAUUUCCCAGCAGGCGCCGGAGAGAGCGCGGCAUCGGGUCGGGAGGAGCGGCCAGCCAACCAGGACAGGGGGGCGGAGCUCGUGGCUUGCCCCCGCCCCUCCCCGUCGGCUCUCUCUCCUCGCGUGCUGAGGGUACCGCGCGGGCAGGUAGUCGGUCCUCUGCGCCUGCCAGGAGCCCAGCCCCCCGCCGGUUCGGAGACGCGUGCAGGCAGCAGCUCAUGAUGGCCGCCCAGGACGCGGCUUGGCUCCGCUCGCUACAGACGUGCUUCGGUGCCCUCCGGGAGCAGCACCAGGCCUGGAAGAAGACGCUGGCGGCCUGCACGCCUCUCCUGGCCUCGCUGGCCAACCUGGCCGAGCAGAUGGAGGCCUCCCGGAAGGUGGCCCUGGCCAGCCCGCGGCCACUGCGAGACUUCCCCAGCCUGCCCGAGAGGAUCCAGCGCAAGCAGCGCAGUGCGGCGGAGGCGCUGCUGGAGGAGCUGCAGGAGCAGCUGGCUGACCUGCAGAAGGCGCAGCAUGCCGUGGGCCUCCACGUGGCCGGUCUUUCCCAGCAAGCCAGAGGGCUGGGCCUGGAGAGCUCCUUGCGGCGCUCGGCCUGCUCUCCCUCCGUGGCAGACCUGCUGGAGUGGGUGCUGGACGUGGAGAGAUUCUACCACCGCACAUACCUGGAGGCAAAGCUGCUCCUUCUCCCACUCAGCUAUGAGAACCUGACUUCCAUGCAAGCUCUCCCCCAGGCCUGGCAACGGGUGCUGAACCAUAGUCUCCAGAACGUGGUAGAAGACACGCUGCUGAAGGUUGCCUUCUUCCUGGAAGCCACCUGAGGGCGGCCUCCACAGGGCAGCUUGACGCUGCACAGGCCGGCUUUGGCUUUGGACAGGCCCCUGGGCCAGUGCGGCAACCAGGCUUGGAAAAGAAGACCUUGCAGAAGCAGCUGCGGACUGCUGGCCCUUGGGCCACUCGCUUCUGGUGGGCCUCUCGAAUGAAUGAAUGAAUAAAGGUUGGGUUUUGUGCUGUCCAAACCCUGAAGGAUUCCUUUCCCACUUCUGUCUACAGUUGGGGAGGUGCAGGGUGUGUGGCCUAGGCUAGCCAGCAGGUCGGCGCUAGAGGUCAGCAGGAGGUGGGGCCCUUCCAAAGGCAGCGGUGAGGCUGAGUGGGGCUGCUUCUCGGGCGCCCCCUUCCCCCGCCCCUUGCCGUUGCUGCUAAUGAAGGUGCCAUUCUCUUUGGAAGCAGACUGGAGCUGCCUCCUUCUCUCCGUCGGGUCUCUCCUUGGCUGUUCCUGUGAUGCGGUUUCGCACUGCAGUGCUCCUGUGCAGAAUGGCACCCCUAUUCUCCUGUGUGUGCGUGCGCAAGUUUGUCUCUCAGUGCCCUGACUGUGGUCGGCAGAGGGCUUAAGUCCAGCCGCCAAGACCCAGCUGGAGUGAGUGGGAGGGAUGCAGGUCGACCCAGAGUCAGUGGCCUUGAAAUAUCCUCUGCUGGCCCCAUUGAACUGAAUUCCACUCGUACUUCUUGCUACAGCAUUUUAAAGGUCUGCCUACAAAAUUCCCUUCCGGCCCUCUCUGCCUCCCUUCUCUACAGCUGCCAUCCCUACAAUCUCAGGGGUUCUGUUUGCUUAUAUUAUGCACCGUUUUCUUGCUCCUGUUGGGGGGAAAUGUGUUAUUUCUGUGCUUGGAGCCAUUUGUCCACAGGAGGGCGCUGUCAGACCUUCCCAUGGUGGGUCGAGGGUAGGAAACUGAUUUUACGGUUUCGCAGGGUGCUGCCUGUCUGGGGGUGCACAUCCUCCUUUGUGGAGAACCAUCCCACAGCCCACAGCCGCACAAUAUUGACCAGGAGGCUCCCUUUUUUCUGACACAUAACUAGGCUGUGCUGCUGCUGGCCCAUAUUUGAGGCCGGCUCCUGGAACCUCACCCUGGAGGCCCUCUGCACACUGACAUCUCGUGCUGUGGCGCCCAAAUUGGCAGUUCUCAGACAUGGUGCUGUGGUGGGAUCCAGUAAGGGCUGGGCUUCACGAGCCAAGGUGGGAGCAACAACGGAGGCAGGGCGGGUUGCUCCUCUCUUGCCCAAGAGCUUUACUGCCUGCAGGCUGGUGAUUCGUCAGGUAGAGCUGUGCAGUUAACGGUGCUGCUCUACCUGAUGAAUGGCCAGCCUGCAGGCAGUGUGGAUCUCAGGCGGGAAAGAGAGGUAACCCUGGCCCUGCUGCCUUCUUUGGUGCCCCCCUAAAUCACAAACCACCUUGGGAAGCCUGAUGAAAGGUGGUAUAGAAAUUGAACAAUUAGCUGCUUUAUUUAAGACAGGCUGCUGGUGGUGCGACCAGUGGGGUGGAGAUCCUUCCCUCCAACUUCCAUCCUUGCGUCUCUUAAAAGGGACCUGGAGACUUCUUAAAAAGAAAUUCUCCAAGUGUGCUUAGCUCUUGCCUUCCAUGUAUUUCUUUUCCCUUUUUGAACGGUCUGAUUUUAUCUUGUAUUGUUGUAAUAUAUACUAUGACUCCAAA